UCCCCCUUUCGAGAUAUUUUCCAAACCAAACCCCCUCGCCCUAUCGGUUCGGUUCGCCGCCUCCACCUCCUCUCGCUCGCUCGCUCGCCCGCCCGCCAGCUAUGUCGCUCGCCAUUGCCGCUCCCACCGCCUCCUCUCACUUCUCCUCACCCCUCCUCACCCUCGCCGCGCCCCGCCGGACCCCCGUCUCCCCACUCCGCCGUAUUGGCCGUCCGCGUAUGGUCGCCGUCGCCUCCGUCCCCGACCCCGCGGCGGGGCCGGCGGAGCACACGCCCUGGCUCAUCGCCGGCCUCGGCAACCCAGGUGGCAAGUACCGCGGCACGCGCCACAAUGUGGGGUUUGAGAUGGUGGAUCGCAUCGCGCUGGACGAGGGAAUCACGAUGAACACAAUCCAGUCCAAGUCGCUGCUGGGAGUAGGUUCAAUUGGCGAGGUGCCAGUCUUGCUGGUAAAACCACAAUCAUACAUGAACUACAGUGGGGAGGCUAUUGGACCACUUGCCGCCUAUUACCAAGUACCAUUGCGACACAUCCUUUUGAUUUAUGAUGAGAUGAGUCUGCCCAAUGGUGUAUUACGGCUUCAAAGGAAAGGUGGUCAUGGCCGCCAUAAUGGCUUACAGAAUGUGAUUGAGAAUUUGGAUGGCUGCCGGGAAUUUCCUCGUUUAUCUAUAGGCAUUGGUAGCCCACCUGGCAAAAUGGACACACGAGCUUUCCUUCUGCAGAAGUUUAGUUCAGAGGAAAGAGUGCAGAUCGACACUGCUUUGGAGCAAGGGGUGGAUGCUGUGAGGACCCUUGUGCUAAAGGGUUUUAGUGGAAGUAUUGAAAGAUUCAACCUGAUGCAGAAGUACAAGUUCCACAGGGUUUGACCGUUUGAGGAUCUGUUAGAUGCUUGGGUUAACUUAUGCAAGAAAACCUGAUAUGCACCAACAUCAUUGAAGUGUUGUGUAUGGUAAUUUGUAGCUUUGCUCAACGUACCUAGGUGCACUGAGUUGCUGCCGAAGUGUCCUGUAGUUUUGAGGUGAUUAAUAACUUAUCUGGGUGUACAUAAAGUAGAGUAUUUUUUCCCGCAUUUCCCUAAAGAGAACAUAUAGUUUACUGAAAUUGGAGUAUAAACUAGGUUAUUUUGACCAAGGCCAUGUAAAAACACUUAUUUCUUCUGUUAGUUACUAAGACAUUUGAGUUUGAUGUAAAAGAGGAAAUAUAGACUAUUUUGAUUCUCCC